AUGUUUCCAUCAAAUCAAUCCGUUCAAUUAUAUUAUAUGGAAUUUUUACGUUGUGCUAGAUGUUCACAUGAAUUUGAAUAUGAAAAUCCAUCAUAUCGUCCAAUAUAUGUACUGUUGAGGAUUAGUAUUUGUUUCUAUAAAUAUUCUCCAUUUCCUCUUUCAGCUGAUUAUCGUAUUGAUCAAUUAUAUGGAUAUUUACGUUAUUCAAGAUUUGAAGAGCGUAUUGGUUGGCUUUAUAAUUUACAAUCAUGUGAAUUAUUUGAUGAAGAACGUCGAAGAUUUCUAUCAGCAUUUAAUCUUUAUUUUAUUGGUAAUAAAGAUGAUCGAUUUAAUAUUUACAUUACAUAUACACCAUAUUUUUAUGUUGGAGCAAAACUUGAACGAGAAAAUGAUGUUUAUGCUUAUUUAUCAAAACGAUAUCAUAAUCGAUGUUUAUCAUGUGAUCUGAUUGGAAAAGGAGAUUUAGGUACAUUUAUUCGUCUUCGUUUUCAUGAUAUUAAUGAUUUAAUGAAAGUUCAUAAAGAAUUACAAUCAAUUGUUAAACGUAAUAUUGAACGUGAAAAAGAACAACAAUCUCAUCCUGAAUUAGUUGUAUUAAAACGAACUACAUCAUCAAAUUUAACUAGUAAUCUUAUUGUUGAUGGUCUUUCAAAUGCAAAUGUUGCUGACAAACAAAUUGAUGGUAUUAUUGAAUUACGUGAAUUUGAUGUACCAUAUCAUAUUCGAGUUUGUAUUGAUUUAAAAAUAAAUGUUGGCCUUUGGUAUGGUAUUCUUGAUCAAUCAAAUAGUGGACCACUAAAUCAACUUCUAUUAAAAUUAGAUUUAAUUGAACAACUAGAACCAAUUAUAUUUGCAUUUGAUAUUGAAUGUACUAAAACGCCAUUGAAAUUUCCUUCGGCUGCAUCAGAUCAAAUAAAUAUUUUAAAAGAUUACUGCUUUAUAUUAACUACCAGUUUUCAAUCACUUCAAUUGGAAGGAAAUAAGUUCUGA